AUGGACAGGUCCCUGGAGAUAGGCAACGUGACCAGAGUCCAGGAGUUUGUAUUGCUGGGUUUGUCCACUAGGCUGGGCUUAAGAGAUACCCUGUUUGCCAUCUUCCUGACUCUCUACCUGCUAACCCUCUUGGAGAACACGCUUAUUGUCUACCUCAUCUGCAGUCAAAGAGAGCUCCAGAAACCUAUGUACUUCUUCUUGGGCAACCUCAGCCUGUUGGAAAUGAGCUAUGUAUCAGUGACCAUGCCCAGCCUGCUUUUGGGACUGUGGACUGGACCCUAUCAUGUGUCCUUCACAGCCUGCAUGACUCAACUCUUCUUCUUCAUCUCCCUUAUCUGCACUGAGUGCACCCUCCUGGCAUCCAUGGCCUAUGACCGCUACGUGGCAAUCUGUUCCCCACUCCACUACCCCCUACUCAUGCGGCCCCAGGUCUGCCUGAGCUUAGCCUUGUCUUCAUGGCUUGGGGGGCUGCUGGUCUCAGUGAUCAAAACAGCAUGCAUUGCCAGCCUGUCCUACUGUGGCCCCAAUGUCCUAGACCACUUUUUCUGCGAUGUCUCUCCUCUGCUCAACCUGUCCUGUACUCACGUGGCCUUGACGGAACUGGUGGACUUCAUCUCUGCUAUCAUCAUCCUCUGGGGUUCCCUCCUUGUGGCCAUGACUUCCUAUGUAGCCAUUGGUAGGGCUGUGCUCCGCAUGCCUUCAGCUGCUGCCCGCUGCAAAGCUUUCUCCACCUGCGCCUCCCACCUAGUAGUGGUGGGCAUCUUCUACUCAGCCACCAUCUUCAUCUAUGCCCGUCCCAGCCGCAUAGAAGCCAUGGACCUCAACAAAGUGUUAUCUGUCAUCUACACAGUGGUCACACCCAUGUGCAACCCCAUCAUCUACUGCCUGAGGAACAAGGAAGUCCUAGCAGCUUUCCAUAGAACCGUGCACUGA